AUGGCAAAUCCAGAUACUGAUCAAGAAAAAAACUCUACUGUUUUUCAAGAUAUUACCACAAAAAACUCAUUCAUUCCUGAAGUAACUAUUAAUACUCACAAUAUUCAUGUGGAUGGUUUAUAUCAAGAUAUAAUCAAAGAGAAGCCAAGAAGAAAAAAAUGUAGAAAAACAAUAUACAACAAAAUACAGGUAUCUAUUAUAAAUCGGCUCUGGAAAUUGUCAAAAGAAAGAAAGCUACUAUACCACAUUCGUAACAGAUGCCUAAUUUCUUUAAAUUGUACUGAUCCUAAUCAUGAACAACUAUUUCAAGAUUAUUGGGCACUAGCUUAUCCUGAGUAUCCUGAAAUAAAUCGGAUUUCAAGUAACUGGAGGUUAUUAGGAUUUCAAAAUGACGAUCCAAGAUUUGAUUUCAAAUGUGCAGGAUUUGUGACUUUGGAAAAUUUGGUAUACUUCGCAGAAAAUUACAGACAUGUUUUUAGAGAAAUACUUAAAGAAUCUCAAAGAUUUUUUUUAAAUCGAAAUAACAAAUAUUUACAUAAACAUAAUACUCAAAGAUCUAUUAUUAAUUCCCGUAAUAUUAGUGAUUUUAUGAGCCCAUACGAAACUCCAAAUAACUUAAAAUCUUCAUUGAGCAAUUUAAGUAUAAUUUCUACUCCAAUUAAUAUUAAUGAUUCAAAAAAAGAAUUUAAUGGUAAUUUUGAGCCAUUGUUGCCAAAAAUUACAGAAUCAAGAUCAACUAUUAGUGAGAUGAGCAAUCAUUCACAAAUAGAUCAAAUUAAUGUUUCAUAUCCAUUAUCUGCAGCAUUAAUCAAUGUUUCAAUUAUGGUAUGUCUAUACCUUAAUUUAAUUCCGAGUGUAUAUAAAAUACCCGGAAUUCCAACAGUAUCUGCAAGUAGAAAAGCAUUAAGGAAUUUCAUAAGGCUAACCAACGAAUUUUCUCUCAAUACGCUCUCUGAACUCUUUAGUGUUUGUGCAAUAAGAUUUCAUGCAGAGUGGUUGGAUAUUGUAAAAUUCUUAGGGCACAAAGGUGCUACUUCUGAAUUCGACAAAGUUCUCAAAAACGUUCAGGUAGUAAUGGCAGAGACUAUUGAAAACCUUCCAAAAGAUAUAAUGGAGUUCAGACAAAUUUGUAAUUUAGAGAAAUAUUGUUAG